GGGCGUGACCUAACGUCAAUGUUUUUGUAGCUUGCUGUCCGCGUAUGUAACCAAGGUCUGUGCGAUGUGAUUUCUUGACAUUGAUUUGUUUUCAUAUCGUUAACCCGCCGUUUUUCACCACAUUAUGCGCCAGCCUUUCACAUGGGGGGAAAAUAGAAGGUGAAACACGGAGGAAACCGAGGAAAAAGCCGGGAUGGCGGGCGCCUUCGGCUUCAAAGGCUGCCAGAAAAUUCGAGGUCCGCAGCUGAGAAAUCUGCUGGAGGCGAAGGACUUCAUUCUGUUCGACUGCGACGGGGUUCUGUGGCACGGAGAGAAGGCGAUAACCGGGGCGGUGAAGGUGGUGAAUUCGUUGAUACGAAACGGGAAAAACGUAGUGUUCGUCACCAACAACUGCACCAGGCCCAGGGAGAAUUAUGUGCACAAGUUCUACCGGCUGGGCUUCACCGACGUGAUCCUGGAGCAGAUCUUCAGCUCGUCGUACUGCUCGGCUCUCUACCUGAGAGACGUCGUCAAGGUCCACGGUCAGGUGUUUGUCAUGGGCUGCGACGGACUGCGCAGAGAGCUGCAGGAGGCGGGCAUCCCCUGUGUGGAGGAGGCGGACGAGCCGGACGCGACCAUCUACAACUGCGACCUGGCUCCGGAUGUUAAAGCGGUGCUGGUGGGACAUGAUGACAAACUGACUUUUCUCAAACUGGCUAAAGCCUCGUGCUACCUGAAGGACCCGGACUGUCUGUUCCUGGCCACCGACAACGACCCCUGGCAUCCCCUGUCAGGUGGAAGGAUACUCCCAGGCUCUGGAUCCCUCACUGCAGCCUUGGAGGUGGCCUCGGGCAGGAAGGCCACAGUGAUCGGCAAACCCAGCCGCUUCAUGUUCGAGUGCAUCUCCAGUCAGUUCAGGGGGGUGGAUCCUGCGCAGUGCCUGAUGAUCGGGGACCGCCUGGAGGUAGACAUGCUGUUUGGUUUCAACUGCGGCCUCGACACCAUGCUCACCCUCACCGGUGUGUCUCAGAUAGAGGACGCCCAGCAGUACAGGAAUAGCGAGGUCACCACCAACCACAACCUGGUGCCCGACUACGUGGUCGACACCAUUGCUGAUUUCUUACCUGCGUUUGAGGAACUAGACGAACAGAGCAAUUGACCAGUCCUCCGCCUCCAGGUUGCUUCUACUUCAUUUCAAGUGCAACGUUUAGUCUGCCGUUUGCAAAAAAAAAAAAAAAAUGUCCCAAACCGACACGAGCAAAAACUUUGAAUGCUCCCCGAAUAUCAAGGCGCUGUUCAUGUUGUGACCGAGACGCGUCCUUGUAGUAAUUAAUCCAGUGCAUACCUCAGUGUUUCUUCUUGUGUUGUGCUCAUUUGUGUCUUGAAAGUUCCUUGUUGCUGUAAGUGUUUCUAUCAAUAUGAGUAUACUGCACUUUCAUGUUUGGUAUUGGGUUUUCAACAUCCAGAGGUAUUUUUGUAAAGCCAUGAAUUGCUCCGUGACAGCAUUCAUGUGUUUAGGAGCAGGUUGCUUAAAUCUUUGCCGAAAAGGCAGACGUAGACAUGUACUUCAAAAACGCACAACUGUUUUUCUUAAGUGUUAGCCUGAGUGUGACUUCUCCUUCAUUUAAAGAGAAGAACAAAAACACUGUGCGAGCUCUUGUCAGCUCUGGUAGAAACUAAGAGGACAAUCUGCCGGUCAGAGAGGUGAAGUGUGUAUUCACUUUUGGCCUUUCUGUCAUGUCUGUACUACGUGUGCCGAUUAUUCAUCUAAGUACGAAACAGCUUAGUAAAUCCCAUAGUUAGAAAGGUAGUGACACAUUAAUGGUGGCUGGUCAUACUGCACUGUUGUGGAACUUUAAUGUUGUAAUGUUUACCAUAUAAAGCAUGCCAGCAACGGUAUCAACAAUAAACAACUAAAACUUCAA